GUUUAGGUAGUUACACACGUCUGGAAGGAUGCCAAGCCUCGAUAGGACUGCGCCACGAGUGCCAACGACGCGGGGGUCAAAUUUACCUUACCUCGCUGUCAGUAGAGGAUAAUGCCGAAGUAGAAACUAUACACCCCUCCGAGACGAUGGUUUCUCCCCCUGCUUUGCGACUGAGCGUGCACACUACUUUGACUGACAUCAGUUAGAGAAACGACUCAAGGAGUUCGUGGAGUUACCGGACGCGUAGAGGAAUAAACACCAUGGUGGAAGUGGCGUGCAGGUCUGAGCAGGAGAGGGUGUGAUCUCUCUAAAAUUGGUCGACAAAGAGAGCGACGGCCGGACAGAUCGAGAGUGUCAGGAGAAGAAGAAUGGCUCAAAACGUCAAGUUUGACCUGAACCACCCUCUCUUGGAAGCUGGGCUGGAGAGCCCACUGGAUGAGGAAGGUGUUCAUGACUCGUUCAACCAGCUCAUAGCAGAGCAGUGUCAGAAUGGAGGACUGUCUGACGCCUAUGAGCUGCAAGAGCUCCAGAGAGAACUGGAUGAGGAGGGUCGAGACAAUGUGGCCCAUCUGUCCAGCCCUGGACAUGACUUUAGGGAAAGGAGGCAGGGACAAAGAGAGGAAGAAUGCGAGGAUGAUGAAAGACACACAGACCCCCUCACAGUUGAACGCUGGUCCUCGGCCACCAUGAAAGUCCUGUCAUCCAUGCCCAGUCGCACCAUCGGCCGCAGCAGGGGAGCCAUCAUCUCUCAGUACUACAACAGGACCAUGCAGCUUCGGAGACGCAGGCAAAGCAGACCUUCCAUCCGAGACUUAUCUCGCUCUGCCAGACCGAGUAUACGCGGCUACGGCAUGGAGGCAGACGGUACGGACGCAGAAGGUGCAGGAGAGGUGACUAAAAGGGAACAGUUGGUGAACAACCUGCAGAACCUUUCAGUGAGCGACAGAGUCAGGAUGCUCCGAGCAAUACCUCUCAGUGUGGCUGAGAAGAGUGAACUCAGGAGGUUAGCAUUACAAAAGGAGAAACGCACACUCUCUGACAGUCAAAUCCCCUGCUGCAGUCGACUCAAAUAUUACAUCAUAAUUGCCGUGAGACAGAGUUGGUACAGCUGGCUGUCCUUCAUGCACUCUCUCCAGCUGUGGCAAGUGGCGCUUAAGAGAGUGAGCGGGCGUUUCGGCAGUGGAGUCCUCUCGUACUUCCUGUUCCUUAAGACCCUUCUCUUCUUCAACCUCUUCCUGUUCCUGGUGACGGCUAUGUUCUUAGUGCUGCCUCAGACAGUGCACCCUUCAGUGCUGCCCGCUGCGAGACGCUCCUUCACUGGACUGGAGCUCCUCACCGGAGCGGGCUAUUUCUCAGACUCCGUGAUGUACUAUGGAUACUACUGUAACUACACACUGCAUAGGAGCUGCAGGGAUGAUGGUGGAGGGCAGAAUAUCUCUGUGUCCAAUGGAACCAGGCUGGACUGCGUGUCGAAGCAUCUGUCUUACAACAUGCCGCUUGCUUACUUUUUCACCAUAGGAGUGGCCUUCUUCAUUACAUGUAUCAUCCUAGUGUACAGCAUGUCAAAGUCGUUCGGUCAGAGCUUCCGAAUCGACAAAUCUCACAGUAUCCUGGCCGUGAAGGUCUUCUGCUCCUGGGACUUCAAGGUCAUCAAGAAAACUUCUGUCAGGCUCAUGUCUGAGAAUAUCUGCACCCAGCUCAAGGAGCUGUUGGCAGAGGUGAACCAUAGACAUGUCAAAAACACUGUGUGCCAGAAGGUGUGGAGACUGUUGGUUCAUGCCCUAGCAUGGGCUAUCUGCAUGGCGGGCACCGCUGCCUGCGUGCUCGGCAUUUACUUCUUCUCUAAUUACAUGCACCAGAACCUCCUGAAAAGUUCUCGUAGCCCUCUCGCCAUGCAGAAACCCUUGUUGAAUGAGGCCAGUCUGCUUGCCCUGCCUGUGAUGGUGUCACUCAUCAACCUGCUGCUGCCCGGCCUGUUCAACCUCACAGCCUGGAUGGAGGACUAUGAGUCACCUUCUUUACGGACAUAUGUCGCUAUCGGCAGGAACUUGAUGUUACAAGUGAGCAUUCUUGGCGUCCUCUGUUACCACUGGCUGGGUCGGGUGGCUACUGACCUUAAAAAUAAUAACCUUACGUGCUGGGAGAGUUUUGUUGGCCAGGAGCUUUAUCGCUUUCUACUCAUGGACUUCAUCUUCACUCUACUGGACACCUUGUUAGGAGAGUUCCUUUGGAGGUUGUUUUCUAUGAAGGUGCUGAAGAGGAGGAGGAAACCAGUGUUUGAUAUCGCCAGGAAUGUCCUUGAACUCAUCUAUGGACAGACCUUAGCUUGGUUGGGUGUUCUCUUCUCUCCUCUGCUGCCUGCAGUGCAGAUUCUCAAACUCUUGCUGCUCUUCUACAUUAAGAAGAGCAGUGUGAUGAUGAACUGUCAGGCUCCCAGAAAGCCAUACAGAGUCAGCCAGAUGACCACCAUCUUCAUCACUCUCCUCUGCUUCCCCUCCUUCCUUGGUGCCUCCGUGUGUGUCACAUACACCAUGUGGAGUAUCACGCCCUCCUCAUCAUGCGGUCCGUUCCGUGAGCUCAAAACGAUGUUCCAGGCGGGGAAACGCUGGGUGGAACAACUGGAAAAGGAUAAUCCCAACCUGUCUGUGCUGGCCUGGGCUCACCGCUACCUGGUGGAAAACCCUCUUUUCCUGUUUGUGGGAGCAGGCAUCUUUCUGAUAGUCAUCUACUUCCACAGUCAGGUGGUGGACGGUCAAAGAAAGAUCAUCAGUUUACUACAGGAGCAAAUAGAAAAUGAGGGAGAAGAUAAAAAGUUUCUCAUCACUCGCCUCCAGUCCAUCCAUGAGCAGAAACGAACCCCCACUCGAAGACUCACAAGUCAGGACUCUUCAUGUUGAGACAAUGGAGUCUCCCGCAGACAAGCCUCCUCAAAUCCCUGAGCCGUGACUCCGGUCCGGGGAAAUCUUAACCAAGGAAUAUAACUGGAAUAUUGGAACCAAAGGACGGCAGUAAAUCUGACCAAAUUCAAGUGUAUUAUGCAUUUGAUAUGUUUUAAAUUUGGCAGGGAUUUUAAUGGCUGGAGUAUUUGUAAAGAUGAAGAACAAACAACCUGAAAAUAUCAGGUGAAACAAAGCUGUCUGCUUUAUACAGCAUAAUAUAUAGGGGAAGGGGUGAACUCAAACUUUAGG